AUGGCGAGCCGGUUAUGCAAUGCCUCGAGGAUAGGGCGACUCUCCAGAGCAACGCUCUCUGGAUCAAAAUCCACCUUCCACACCUCCGCCCUCCAUCACCAACCGUAUCAACAAGAAACAGCUCGAUUCUACCUCCCUCACGAAUCUGUCCCCCACGCCGCGACUAUCCUCGGCUUCCCGUCGCGCCAAUCCGUCUCCAAGGCCCUGCAUCCCGGCACCUGUCGCGAGAUCGUCGAUUUAGCAGCGACGAUCGCCGAAUUCGAGCCCGUCCGGCUGUAUACCCGUCCGGAGGAUAUCAGCUCGGCGCAGGAACUGAUCAAGCAGCGGGUCAACACGAGCGAACGCCUAGGUCUUAUCCAUGACAGCCAGAACAACCAAAAGAAUGGGAGCAGCAGACCCGUCCCUGGUCUCCAAUCCCGAGUCCAGAUUAUCCCUUGUCCGACGAACCACUGCUGGGUACGCGAUACAGGACCGGUGUUCGUCCGUCCGGUAGAUCCGGAUCCGAUUCCAAACCCUACUACAACCACGACGCAGCAGCAGCAGCAGCGUUUCGCGAUCAACUUUUCAUUCUGCGAAUGGGGCAACAAACACAUCGACCCUAUCUUCACUGACCUCCCGGAAGAAUCCACCCUCCCCAGCGAUACCCAUAACCCCAAGACCACCUGGCCUAUCCCUUCACCCACUACCCUCGCCGAAAACACCGAUUUCGCAGCCCGCGUCAUCGCCUCAUUCUCGCCCUCCUCAUCCUCAUCUCCCACCAACCCCACCAUCAUAACCACCCCCCUCCGCCUCGAAGGCGGCGGCAUCGAAGUCGACGGCCAGGGAACCUUCUUCGCCACGGAAAGCAGCAUCUUCUGCCCAGAACGCAACCCGGGCCUGACGCGAGCGACGGCCGAGAAAGAACUGAGUCGCCUUUUCGGCGUACGCAAAUUCAUUUGGUUUCCAGGCCGUAAGGGGCUAGAUAUCACGGAUGCGCAUGUCGAUGCGUUAGUUAGGGUUGUCAGGCCGGGGGUGGUGGUUGUUUCGAGACCGUGGAGUUAUGAUUAUGGUUCUCGUGGGGAGAGGAUGGAGGAGACUACUUCUACUUCUACUGGUGGUGCUGUUCCUAGUAGGGAAAGCACGCGACACGAAUGGAGGCGCAAUUUCGAAGAAAUCCGCGCGAUUCUAGCCCACGAGACAGACGCCCUGGGUCGACGAUUCGAAGUACAUGAGAUCGCGGAGCCAGAUCCGAGGUAUCUGACAACACAGCAGCAAAAUAAUGGUGUUGUUGCUGAGGGAGAAGAGGAGGGAGAUCCCGCGGCAUCGUACGUCAAUUUCUACUUCGUCAACGGGGCCGUCGUGAUGCCGGUGUUUGGGGACCCUGGGGCGGACGAACGGGCCGUGCGGACGAUGCGACGGUUAUUGCCGGAGAGGGAGGUGCGGACGGUGCGCGUGAACUGUCUGCCCCGGAUGGGCGGCGUGGUGCAUUGCGUUACGCAGCAGGUUCCUGCUCUCUAG